CCGAGCCCAUCGCCCCGUUCGAUCUGUCUCGGCUCGGGAACGAAGGUUGGUUCGAUGAUCGCGAAGACGGGGGAGGUAUGUGCGCUGCUUCUUCUAGCGGUGCCUCGUGGUUUGAGGGUGGGAGCUGACGGAACCAAUCAUGGGUACGAGGAGGGUGAUCGUGUGCCCCUCCCUGUAUGCUAACAAGUUGAUGUUCAUGUUAUGUGUGCAUGUGUGCACACAUGAGAAGAAACAACUUUUCCUAAAUGAUACUCUAUUGCACACUUAUGUUUGGACGGGAAAGAAAAACAUGUCUCAGAAGAGGAAAAGAUAAAUAAAAAAAAGAAGUCUUGGUCUUCUGCUCCCCAUUUUGCCGCCCGCGCCAAGAUCCGCAAGACCGCCCAGAAGCUCCUCCUCAACCAUCUCACGGCGAAGAGGCUUGAAGAAUUGGCAGCCGAGAUCAAGAAGCAGAAGGAAGGAUCAAAGGAGAAGCAGAUUACGGACGAGGACACAAAGGGGAAAAAGGUGUUGGAUUCGAAUGAUGAAAUUGGGGCUGAAGGAAGCAGCGUUCUACCUCGUGGUGAUAUGGAAUCAGGGGUUUCUUCCCAGGAAAACCAAGAUGAGCUAUUGGCUGCAUCCCUUGCUGCGGAGGAAGAGAUGGAGAUCAAUAAGAAUGUGCUUACAUCCGAGGGUGGUCUGGAUGAAGCGGAGGAUGACAAAGAUGAGAAUGAAGAAAUGAUUUUUCCAAUGGAUAACAUCCAUAUAGAUCCUGCAGUUCUAGCCUCUUGCCUCCAUCAAUGCAAUUGGAUCUUCUUGUUCAGAUGAGGGAGAGCAUCAUGGCUGAGAACAGGCAGAAAUAUCAGAAAAUUAAAAAGGUGCAUAUUGUUCAGGGAGGUGCUGUCCGCCCUCUGAUCGGGAUGCUUCAGUCACCAGAUAUUCAACUUAAGGCGAUGACUCACACAAACAAGCUGGUAUUGUCUACAAUGGCGGUUUGGUGCCUCUUCUUAAACUUCUUGACUCAAAAAUUGGAUGUUUGCAACAUAAUGCUGCAUUUGCUCUUUAUGGUAUUGCAGAGAAUGAGGAUAAUGUCUCUGAUUUUAUCAAGGUAGGAGGUGUUCAGAAGCUGCAAGAUGGUGAAUUCAUUAUCCAGGCAACUAAGGACUAUGUAGCAAUGACAACGAAGAGAUUAGAGGAGAAGAUUAAUGGGCCAGUACUAAAGUAUUUAUUAUAUUUGAUGCGAGUUGGAGAGAAGGCUGUCCAAAGACGUAUAGCUUUGGCUCUUGCUCAUUUAUGUUCACCUGAGGAUCAAAGAACUGUUUUCAUUGAUGAUGAUGGACUUAAUCUUCUUCUCGAACUACUAGGAUCGACUAAUCUAAAACAACAGCAAGAUGCAUCAGUUGCUCUUUACAAGUUGGUGAAAAAAUCCCCGACUCUCUGUUUUGUUGAUGCAGCUUCUCCAUCCCCCUCACCUCAGGUGUACCUGGGCGAGCAGUAUUUGAAUAGCUCCACGCUAUCAUAUGUUUCCUUUCUAGUUGAAGGCAAGUGCUUUUAUGCACAUAGAAUUGCUCUGCUUGCUUCUUCGGACGCAUUUCGUGCAAUGUUUGAUGGUGGCUACCAGGAGAAGGACGCAAGAGACAUUGAGAUUCGUAACAUAAGAUGGGAGGUCUUUGAAUUGAUGAUGCGGAUCGGUUAAGAACACUAAUGAUAUCGCGUAAGAUCUUCUACAAGCUGCGGAUCAGUAUCUUCUUGAGGGUCUUAAACGGCUAUGUGAAUAUGCCAUUGCACAAGUGGGUAGAAACUAUAUUGUCUUUUCUUUUUCCCAUUCUCAAAAGCUUCACUAGUUGUAAUAAAAUUUAGCCUGAAGUCCUAAGAUGCAUUGAGCAUGCUUCAUCGUGUGAAUUGUCAGAGGCAUUCCAAGCCAUGUCCCUGAGGCACACUUGUGUCAUGUUUAUUUUAGAGCAAUUCGAGAAAAUCAACUCAUCCAAGGUGCUCUCUCAUCAAAUCUAUCUCUCUUUUUUACUUCACUCUCUUGAACUCCCGAGUAUAUUUAGUGUUGAUUGCCUCGCGUUCUCAUUUGCUGAUUCUGACUUGAUGAACUUCCACAGGCAUUCCCAUCUAAUCCGGUGAAUAACUCCAGAGAUCCGCAACUAAUUUGGUAAAGCUUUGAGGCCGAAACUGACAAAAUCCUUUAACUAACUGUUCCUUUUUGACAGCAUCUUCUCUAACUCAUGCCGCUGCUGUUGGAGGCUUGUACAGUUGGAGCCUUUCUACACCAAACAUCUAUUUCCGAAGGGGGUUCUUUAGGCCCAUAUCUUAGUUUGUUCCAAUCUUCUCAAGAGCAUUAUUUGUUCUUAUCAUUUAUUUUGAUACCCGACAUGUUUACUCCCUAUUUUGAUAAUUUUUACUAUUUUGUAGACUUGAUAUUAGUUAUUUAAAUUCGUUUGUAACUUCCAAAAGUGGAAUAAUAGAUUCAGAUUGGAUGUUUAAAUUCA